AUGCCGCUGAUCCACGAAUCCUAUGAUUCCCUCCCCUAUGUGGACGCCCCGCCUGACCAGGCCGCCCUUGUAGCUGCGAUGGGGCUCGUCGCCGCCGACAUGAAGAGCGCAGGCGUAGACGUUGCGCAAGUGCACCCCGCGCUCAUUCCAGCGACCACCUAUGCGCCCACCUUCUCCGCCGUUCUCGAGCAGGAGCAUGCGCGGUUGCAGGCCGAUCCAAACUCCAAGCUCUCUGCCAUCGACCUCGCGCGAUACGAGGACCUCGAAGCCCCGCCGAACACGAGCCCUACAAGCGAUGAAGACAAGCCCGAGGUUCUCGCACAGUGGAAAGCUGCGCUGCAGAAGGCCUACACCAGCUCUGAGUAUGUGAACGCGCGGCUGACGGAGCUCGGCCUGCUGGAAAAAUUCGGCAAGAACGCCUGGCUGGUUGGGAACUCACAGCAGGAAGACAUCUUGAAGAGCAUCGAAGCGGAGCUGGCAGAUGUGCGCAAGCAGCAGGAGGAGGUGGAAGCAUUACGGCGGCAGCAGCAGGAGAGCGUACACGGCGAGAUCAAGACACUCGAGGAGACGUGGAAGCGUGGUGUUGGCCGCGUACUCGAGACCGAAGUCGCUGCCGAGGGCCUAAAGCAGCAGAUUCUGGAGAGGAGACGGGCAGGUGCCGUUUGA